GGUCAGUCUGCUCAGCCUCUUGCUGGUGCAUGAAGAUGGGAAAAAAAUAUCUGCUGGCCGUUCCAGUUCAAGGCUGCUGCUGCAAGAAAAAGGUUGUACCGGCACCAAUUGUGAUGAGUAACACGCGGCCAAAGGUCAUCUACCCACCACACCCAAGGGCAUCGGCAUAGGAUAAUCUUGUCACGUGUCGACCCGAUAAUGCCACUCGACCGCAGUCAGGCAAAACCGGUUCCUAUUGUGACGUUUCACCUGUCUCCCCGUCUGGUAUGGCUCUCCCACAAUCAGUUGAACAAACGCGUUUUUGUCUUACCGGAAUGAUGGCAUUCAUCAAGCGGUGCCGGAAGCCAUGCGUGGCGUUGGCUUCUGCUGCCAUAUCGUGUUGGCAUGCUUGUGGGCGUUUGGUACAACCCAUGCUUCUUCACGUUUACAACGUGUGGUGGUCAAGUUGAAAAGGUGGCCAUGAUGGUGAAUCAUAAAACCAACAACAAGCGUCGUCGUUUCAAGUCACGGCUGACCGCGUCCAAAUGGAGCUCCGUGCUUGCCAGUGACCCUCCAUCGCCGCCUUUUGGUCAAGAAGAAGAAGAAGAGGAAAGAGUUGAAGAAGAAGAGGAUCCACUGGUUCGUGUUGUGAAAAAUGCCACUGAACUACAACGUAAAAGUCAAAGACAGCGAGAGAGAGAGAGAGAGAGAGAGAGAGAGAGAGAGAGAGAGAGAGAGAGAGAGAGAGAGAGAGAGAGAGAGAGAGAGAGAUUUAGAGAGAGAGAGAGAGAGAGAUUUAGAGAGAGAGAGAGAGAUUAG